AUGACGCUGGCUAGCGUGUUGCAGCUGCCGAUGCCGGUGAACCAGCAUGGGUUUUUUGGACUCGGAGGUCGUGCAGAUCUGCUGGACCUGGGUCCGGGGAGUCCUGGUGAUGGGCUGAACCUGGCCGCGCCCAGCUGGGGUGUCCCAGAGCAGCCAAGAAUCGAAAUGCUUCAUGGAACCACCACACUGGCCUUCAAGUUUCGUCAUGUUGCAGCUGAUUCCCGGGCCACAGCAGGAGCUUAUAUUGCCUCCCAGACGGUGAAGAAAGUAAUAGAAAUCAACCCUUACCUUCUGGGCACCAUGGCUGGGGGUGCAGCGGAUUGCAGCUUCUGGGAGCGGUUGCUGGCUCGACAAUGUCGAAUCUAUGAGCUUCGAAAUAAGGAGCGCAUCUCUGUCGCAGCGGCCUCCAAACUUCUUGCUAACAUGGUGUAUCAGUCCAAAGGCAAGGGGCUGUCCAUGGGCACCAUGAUUGUGUCUGGGCUAAGAGAGGCCCUCCGUGAUGAAUGUCUCACGGCUCUGCCCUCUCCAACAUCCUAGGGUCUCGAACACAAC